UUGAGAGUUACGGGAGUGCGUGGCAGGCGAGGCGGAGCCAAAUUCUUCUGCUGAGCAUUCUCGCGCGGUUGCAGUUGGGGCCAAUGCAGGUGGGGGUUGCUCCUGCAAGUCAGUUUGUGUGGGAGUGAGCGCUGUAGCUGAGAACGGCUGGCUUUUUGCUGCAAAGAUUGUAUUGACUUUGGUGGCUUUGACAGUAGACUCUUCUUAAGGUAGAGAUAGUAGCUUUCUGCAGAGGUUAUAGGCAUCUUUCCCUAAGAUUGCUGUAGGCUCAACGUCCCUAGGAAGAGACAUGCCACGGGGACGAAAGAGUAGGCGCCGCCGUAACGCAAGGGCCGCGGAAGAGAACCGCAACAAUCGUAAGAUACAGGCCUCAGAAGCUUCAGAGACCCCAAUGGCUGCCUCUGUGGGCCCGAGCACCCCCGAGGACGAUCUUAGCGGCCCGGAGGAAAACCCGAGCACUCCAGAGGAGGCCUCCACCACCCCUGAGGAACCCUCCAGUAUGGCUGAAGCGCAAAAGACCUCUGUAGCCCGGAGCAAUUUUCAAGGUACCAAAAAAAGUCUCCUGAUGUCCAUAUUAGCCCUCAUUUUCAUCAUGGGCAACAGCGCCAAGGAGGCUCUGGUCUGGAAGGUGCUGGGGAAGUUGGGGAUGCAGCCUGGCCGGCAACACAGCAUCUUUGGCGAUCCAAAGAAGGUUGUCACAGAAGAGUUUGUGCGCAGAGGGUACCUGAUUUAUAAGCCGGUGCCCCGUAGCAGUCCCGUAGAGUAUGAAUUCUUCUGGGGACCUCGAGCACACGUGGAAUCCAGCAAGCUGAAAGUCAUGCAUUUUGUGGCAAGGGUUCGUAACCGAUGCUCCAAGGACUGGCCUUGUAAUUACGAUUGGGAUUCAGAUGAUGAUGCAGAAGUUGAGGCUAUCCUCAAUUCAGGUGCUGGAGGUUACUCUGCCCCUUAGGGAAAUCUGGUGCAGACCCUUGGGGAGAGGUGUUGUAAAGAGCUUCAUGGGUACCCCAAGGAGUAGAUCACUUGGGUUCUCAGUUCAAUAUUAUGGUCAAGGGGGUACACUGUGUUUAGUAUUUGUGAUCAGUGCUACUAGUUUAACUACAAAAUAGAGCGUUUGUUUUAGAUAUUGUAAAAUUUUAUUAAUUUUAAUAUAGUAUUGAUUAAGGUCACAAUAUGUUUAAAAUAUUUGAAGAAAAGAUAUUUUUCUCCUUUUUCCUGUUACUGAGAUUUAGUAUAACACUUUUGCUAUUGCUAUAAAAUGAAUUCUUUCCAUUAUAUUCUGUGCUGUGGUGCCUAUUUUAUAUCACUGACUAGGCUGUUCUUUGAAACUGUAAUAACCAGUAAAAUGUGAAAGGAGGGUGGGGGAAUCAUUUACAUCUGACUUUUCUGAAAACCUUUGUGUGUGCUGUUGUGUAAAGAAGACUUAAAACUACCAUGACUUUGUUUAGUUACUACAAAAUAUAGGGGGAAA